AUGGUUGAAGCUUCAGAGAUGCGUAGCGAUCAUGGUAGAAAGGAAGUGAGCCCCCGGUUCGAAAGAGAAGGAAACAAUGUCAGCAAAUCAUCUUUAAAGAAAACUAAGAAUAAAAAGUUGAGAGCCAAGUUACAAAGAAUUGACGAUCAAUAUGAGGAUGCGGUAUCCUCCGCAGCAGCAACACAUUAUUUGUUACCUCAAACGGCAGGGUAUUUAGAGGCUGAAGAUGAGAUGGAAAAAACUUUCAAAGUCAGUCAGAAGGAUAUCAAAGAUAGCGUGGAUGUGUCUACGGUAAACAAGGCAUUGGAUCUUUCUUUGAAGGAGUUCGGUCCUUAUUAUAUGCAGUAUUCUAGAAAUGGUACACAUUUAUUGAUUAGUGGACGUAAAGGUCAUAUAGCAUCAAUGGAUUGGAGGAAGGGCGAGCUGCGAGGAGAGCUAAAUGUUAAUGAAACAUGUCAUGCCGCAACAUAUCUACAAAACGAACAGUACUUUGCUGUAGCUCAGAAAAGAUACACUUUCAUAUAUGAUCACGAGGGUGUUGAACUCCAUCGUUUGAAGCAGCACAUAGAAGCAAGGCAUUUGCAAUUUCUUCCAUAUCAUUAUCUAUUGGCAACGGCUGGUGAAACAGGCUGGCUGAAAUACCAAGAUGUUUCUACUGGUCAAUUAGUUUCUGAAUUGAGGACAAAAUUGGGGCCAACCACAGCGAUGGCCCAGAAUCCGUGGAAUGCUGUUAUGCAUUUGGGUCAUAGCAACGGUACGGUAACUUUAUGGUCGCCUUCAAUGCAUCAACCGUUGGUUAAAUUACUAUCAGCAAGAGGUCCAAUCACCAGUGUGGCCGUUGAUAGAAGUGGGCAUUAUAUGGCUACCACAAGUAAUGAUAAGUCGUUGAAGAUUUGGGAUAUCAGAAAUUUUAGGGAACUGCAAACCAUUGAGAACCUUCCAUCGCCUGCAUCUAAUGUCAUUAUAUCUGACACAGGCUUAGUUGCCAUUUCUCGUGGCCCUCACAUAAAUAUCUGGAAGGAUGCUUUGACGGCUGGGACAAGCUCCAAGCCUUGCUUCGGGUCCAUGGGCGGUAAAGCAAGAAACACGCAAUACAUGUCACAGUUGCUACCUGGUAAUAGAAUUAACAACAUGCAGUUCGUGCCUUUCGAAGAUCUCUUAGGUGUAGGUCACAAUAGCGGUAUAACGAAUUUAAUUAUACCUGGUGCAGGUGAGGCCAAUUACGACGCUUUAGAGAUUAAUCCAUUUGAGACAACAAAACAAAGGCAAGAACAGGAGGUUAGGUCCUUACUCAACAAGUUGCCUGCAGAUUCCAUUGUUUUGGACCCAAAUACUAUAGGGACGGUUGAGCAAAACUCUUCCGAUAAAAGACUUUCUGCUAAGGACCUUGCUGAAAUUACGAGGCAAUCUAUGGAACAGAAAGCUCAGAACAAAGAUACUCCUCAAAUUAAAGCUGAAGUGAAAGGAAAGAAUUCAGGCCUACGUGCCUUUUUGAGAAAGAAGACUAAUAACGUCAUUGAUGAAAGGAAGCAAAGGGUAGAAAAACUGUUAGAGAAAGAAAAAGCAGCUCGUCAAAGAAACAACAAGAUUAGGGACGGAGAUUUAGCCGAAGAUCAUAAAGAUUUCGUGGAUGAAGCACUUAAUAGAUUUAAGUAA